AUGGCUAGCCAGGUAAGACCAUUUUAUGAAAAUGACACCACAUUCAUAGCUCCUUAGGGGAAGACAUUAGCCAUGGUCAGAGCCAUUGGCAAAUGUCAAACUUAAGCAAGGAUUUCUGGGGGAGGAGUGGCGGUGGUGGUGGGUUUUAGCCCUAUGCUUUCCUCAGAUGAAUUUCUGACAGAUUGUUCUCCCCUGCUGUGGAAUCCUUAAUCACGUCAACUGAAGCAGCUUGGGGGCAGAACAAGGAGAUUUGCUUUCUGCACUGUUGCACAGUGAGAUCUUGUGGUGGGACUUUCCUAUAACACACACUAUUUAGGAUGCCUGAACUGGUGCGCUAGAAGUGAAAUGAUACCAUCCAUGUAAGUAAACCUUAAAUGAAAAUGUUUAAUCUCUAUCCCGAUGGUGAGGGAUGGUGAGGGAUAUUGCCUUUGUUAUCUGGUUGACUGCCGCCUCCUUCCCUUUUCCUUCCCAUAUAACUGCCUCUGCUGGUUUCUUUUUUUGGAUGUGGCAUUUUUUUUCACUUGCAUGUUGCUAGUGUAAAAACUUGACGUAAGCUCCUUUGGCUGCGCUUUAGAUUCAGUCUACCCCAGACAGUUGCCCUGAGAUAGUGGCCAAUACCUGGCAGUGUUGAUCAAUAUCUCAGAGAAGAGCCCAAGACCCCUUUUAGGUUAAAAAUAAUAAUUGGUGACCUGGCCCUGCAUCUCAUACACUGGACCUCUUCCUGCUGUAGCGUCUCUGGGCAAGUCUUGGAGAGAUCUAAAGCAGGGUCCUGUUGUAAAAGCAAGUCUUAAAUUUCAUGCUUGGUCAGCCUCUAAUGGUUAACUUUUUUUUUUUAAAUUAAGGAAACCGAGGGGAGUCAAAAUGUUGGCGUGAAAAGCAGUUACUCCUAUAGCCAGCUUGACCAAGUCAGGGGAAUAUGGCUUUUCAUACAAUCCUUUGGCUCUGUUAUUUUUGCCAGGCAUUUUCCCCAGAGGCUGCUUUCCCUCAUGGGAGGCGGAGGGAGAGAUGGGACCCCAGGCUUCUGUCAAGGGAAAGGUGAAUAUGGGGAAAUCACCAAGGUGGUGAUCGGGAGAGGGAGGGAGGCAUUUAAUUGAGAUGAAAUACUGUAUAACUGUUUUUCAUUCUAGCAGGAUACAGUGGGAAAGGCCAAAAAAGAAAGCCUGCCUCUGUGGUGGAGAUCCCCCCACAAAAAACGGAAGAAAAAGAGUAAAGCAAGAGCAGGAAGACCAGAUUUUACUAGUAUUCCAAGCAGGUGAAGAAACCUUGAAACUGACAAGAAAAAAGCCGGCUCUUGUCCAUAUAAUAAUAUUUAAAUCAAAUAGCACGAAAUUAACAAAAAAAACCUCAUUAGGCUGUUCUGAAAAAAAAUAUUUUGUAAAGUUAAAUAAAGAAAUAAGCCAGUUUUAAUGGAGCUGUUUAUUUAGUAGCUUUCAAAGGCCCAGUGGAUAUGAACUUGUAAUUAAAGUGAAACAAGUUAAAAGGCUUCAGGCAACGGUUCCAAGACUAUCGGGAGAAUUCUGUGUUCAGCAUGAAAGCUGAUACGUCUGAUGGUAGACAUCCAGAAUAUACACAAGUAUUGUACCCUGUUGGUUUGUUCCCUGCUUCUCAAAAGGUUUUCUGAUUAUGCUUUCUCAGUGUCAUUUGAGAUCUGCUUUAUCUUUUGUACCAUGUUUACCUUUUGAUGCUUAAGGUUUUACCAUGUACUGUAUUCAUCUUGGAGGGCACAUGUUGAAUAAAAUCACAACAGCCAUCUCAAUGGCUAGAAAGGCAGUAAACGUAUCUUGGCACUACAAAGCAUUAAUAGCAUUACACUUUGGAUAUAAAUUUGAAGCCCACCUCACCGUGGGAUAUAGACAAGCCCCAUUCAUUUCCACAAAUUCAGUUUUAUUUUUAAUGAGGUCAUAGAACAAGAGAGAAUCUGGUCUGUAAUUAGAGCCAAACUACCUUAUGAUAGUAUUGUCCACAGUUAGUUAAAUGCUUGCAACUGGUGUCCAUUUGUCAGGAUAACUUAUCUCUAAAGCUACUUGAAGGUUCUUUCAUACUUAGCUUUUGACUAAUAUAUGUAGGUACGAUAUAUGUAGAGUGUCUUGGCAUUCUCUGAUAAAUGUUGCUGGAAAAAGGGCUGCGCAAAUUUUUUUAGAAUAUGCCCCACUUGCUCAAAGCAACUCAUGCUGAAUAUUACAGCAUUUGGGGGAGUUGUUUGCCUGAUCCAUGCUUGCUAAUGUUUAUGAUAUUUCCGUCAUGCUCAUUCUCCCUAUUUCUUGCUUCAGUUUAACCAUUCUAAACUGGGAAUAUAAAUGUAGAGUUUAGGAUUAGAGUUCUAGAGCUAGAAGAAGCAGAAUCAUAGGUCCAUCUUUUUGCUGCUUAUGCAAGAUUUCCUAGAUAUCAGCCCUCUUUACAUAUUACCCAGCUAGAGAACAUGAAAGGCGCUUGCAGAGCAGAAGGCUCCAAAUGAUUCAAGCCACAGCUAUGGGAGACGGCAACAGUAAUAACAAAAUAGAUAAAAUUAAUAACUAGUUCGAGCUGCAGAAAAACUUGCUUAAUUUUAGUUCUUUUCUGCAUCACUUGAAUAUAUGCCUCUGCUUGGCCAUAUAAGUUGAAUCACAUUAUUUUGUAAGCUUGAUGUCUCUUGAUGGCAGUGAGGUAACAGUGAAGAAAAUAAAGGGCUGGAUUUAAUUGCCCCUUCUGGUAGUGGAAGCCAGUGCAAGGACUCCCAUUAGUGUAACAUGGCUGCUCCCCCGUGCCUUCCCUAAAUCCACUCUGGAGGGUCUGGAGAACCCCCAGAACAGCACACGGCAGGAGGAUAGUGUAGCUUGCCCAACAAAACACAUAUAAAUGCUUGUGCUGACAACAUUCUGUUUGGUGCUAGAGUGAAUUUCACCCAAAAUAUUGACUAUUUUCUCUCAUGGACGCUAGCAGGGUUGCUUUGGACUAAGCUUUGAGAACUGCUAUCUUGACUCUGUAAGCAGAGAAGGCUAAUAAAAACCCACAAGCUGCUUAAAAGUACUGAUUAACUUUAUUUUGGAGGAGGCAAUUGUCCUCUUUCAUGGAUUUAAUAUUUUUCACUUGGGUGGUUUGGAAAGAUGGUUGUGCUGGGGGAGCAGCCUCUCAGACAGUUUGGUCUGAAGCAGAGUUUCAGAAAAAUGGUUUGAGGAUUGUUGCUCAGACAUGAUCAAGAUAAUUGCUUCUGUGCAUGGUGCCUGUGAAUGCACCAUGGACAAGGACAAACAAGUAUUGGCUGGAUCAAUCCUAGGUAGGUAUUUGAGUGGCAUACACUCUGGAAAGUAACCUAGUGGAUACAGGGCCCUGAGGCUUUUACUGCAAGACGACUAAUUGUAUUUUUUCUUUCAAUUUCUUACAGGCCAGAAUUUCCAAGGCAAGAAUUUGUUAGGCCAGAAUUUACAAGGCCAGAAUUUGCAAUAUUUGUAGGAGAGUUAACUCCCGAGGUGGAUGAUUUCUUGCUCUAUGACUACUUUUUCAAAAGGUAUCCAUCUUCUGUAGACUGCAAAGUGGCCACAGAUCUGCUGGGAUAUUCCAGGUAACUUAUUACAGAACAAAAAGCAUUGGUAGUAAGAAACAGUGUACAACUGAGGCGCUCAAAAGCUUUACGUAGUGAGCUCUGCACAUCAAGAAACAAAUGUGGAUUCUCCAAUAAGAAGAGAGAAGAUAGACUAAUGGUGUUCAGUUUUCUCAUAGUGUGAACCUGGUAUCUCAAUCGAAAAGUAGCAUGUUUGGGAGGGAAAUUCAGAGCUGCAGUGCUUAGUGACUGCUUACACUUACAUAGAGAGGUCUGCUGUAGUUUGAGAAACCUGAUAGGAUCCAGAUUUAAUACGUCAUAGCUCUAUAUGAUCAUGUAACAAACGAGAGUAGUUUCUUGACCUAUUUAUGAAGUUGCAUAUCUUAAGUGCACAUGUUGCAUUUAAUAAGGAAAGGAAGAUAACAUUAAUCAAAAUCAAGUGUAAGGAGAAUGGUAAGAUGUCUCCAGUUUACAGGUACCAAAGAGAAGUAGUCUGCAGCUAACAUUUUUUGGAAUGGAAUUUAUUUGACUGACCACUGGAAAUCAAUGAGUCCACCAGUGAUGCAGUAACAAAAUUUUUGGGUGUCAUUUCAUGACCAGUGACUUACUUAGAUAAUAUUGAACUUAGUAAGCAUGAAGAUCCUAUGAAAAAACAUGAUUGUUAGAGGCUAAGUAAUUUCAGUUUAUCCUGGUGUUAGGGUUUGAUAAAAUUUGAAAGAAAUAGCAUUCUGAUUUAUUUCGUCAAACCCUAACACCCUAACAAAUCAGUCUGAAAAAGAUUCCUGGGGGGAUAUCCCAGAAGAGUGGUCAGAACACCCAAGGGAAAGAAAUGGUAAACUUGAUGAGUUGCAGCACUAAAUUGCUGAAUUGAAUAUGAAUAGAAUGUUUUCUGUUUCUUUGCGAGUGUUAGAACAUGUACUAACAUGUGUAUUAAAACUAUUUAGGGGUUAUGGCUUUGUUCGAUUUUCUGAAGAAGGUGAUAUGAUGAGAGCAUUGCAAGAUUGUCAGAAUGCGCCUGGUCUAGGUGGAAAACGAAUCCGAUUGACUUUAGGAAUUUCUAAAAGGUAACUCAUGAAAUUUACUAAUCUGUUACAAACACAUCAUUUGCAUAUGAUUACUUUGGAGCCUAGGGUUAUUUUUGUUUUGUUUUUGCAUAAUUGUCAACAUCUUUGUGCUUUUCUUCUAAUAAUCAGCAUAACUAUUACCACAUAAACAGGCCAUGAUUCAUUCUUUCUUCUUCUUCUUCUUCUUCUUCUUGAAGUAUUUUCAGGGUUUCCGCUUGCACAAUAGGACGUUCCCCCUUUUUCUCCCUCUGUGUACACCAUGCACCUUUCCCAAAUCUGUUCCUGUAAGUUGGAGGAACCCCAGUACAAAUUGGGGGCAUGGGGAAUUAGGAGAGAGAGAAUGUUCCAUUGCGCUAGGAAAAAUCCUUGAACAGAUGGAAGGAGAGACCUAGCACUAUGAUUCGACCCUGUAUUCAGGUUAACUUUUUCUAGGGAAUGUGGUUUUUGCUAGACUUUCCAUGGCAUGAUUGGUUUUAUUUCAUGCUUUAGAUAACUUGUACUCUUUUUUUUUUUGCCUUGUGUUUUAGAUUGAAAGCAGAAUUUCAGCGGUACCAGCCCUAUAGUUAUAAUGAUUAUUAUCAAGACUAUCAAAACUACUAUCGCCAGUAUAAUUAUGAGAGAAAUGAACGCUUUGAUCGCUAUGAACGUCCUGACCGUUUUGAACGAGGUAACCGUUUUGGGGACCGUUUUCCUGAACGUUACCCUGAACAAUUUGGGGACCGUUUUCCUGAACGUUAUGCUGAGCGCUUUGGUUCCCGUUUUGCCGACCGCUACGGUGACUACCCUGAAUAUGGAGAAUAUAAUGCUGAAUAUGGAGAUUAUAAUGCUGAAUAUAAUGACUACAACUACAGCUAUGCAUCUUACGAAAGGAUGCAACCGAGUGGAAAUAUGGGACAGCAAGCUAUGAAUCCAGCUGUAUUUCAGGUAUCCACUUGAGUAUACUUACAUGCUUUUUUACAAGGUCAUUGGUAGAAAUAAUGGCUAUAUACCUUAAAUAUGGCUGUUGGGUGCUUUUAAACAUCUGUCAACACAGUGGUACCUCUGGAUGCAAACGGGAUCUGUUCCGGGGCCCCGUUCGCAUCCUGAGCAGAACGCAACUCACGUCUGCACGUGUGUGGGUCGCAAUUCGCCGCUUCUGCACGUGCACGUGACAUCAUUUUGAGCAUCUGCGCAUGCACGAGCGGUAAAACCCGGAAGUAACUUCCGGAUCGCCACGGAAUGCAACCUGAAAACUCUCAACCUGAAGUAUAUUUAACCCGAGGUAUGAUUGUAAUUGUAAACUUGUGCUGUUUUAAAACACACACAGUGAGAGGGCUGGCUGAACUAGGUCUAGGCUUUAAGAACUUUUGUAACCAAUCGUAUAGAGGUUUACUAUGAAGUACCGUCCAGUUCAGUGAGACUUGGUCCCAAGCCAUAUAGGAUUAUAGCUAUACUGUAUUCAUGGAUCAUGUUUCUGUUUGAUUCAUUUCUUUAACUGAUUGUCCUUAUUUAACGAGUAAGAUUCAGAUGAGACAAACCCUUGGAGUUUGUUCACCAUUAUACUGAAAUGCAAUAAACUCAAAAUAUAGCUCAGCUCAGUUGCAUUAAAUCACUAACUUUAUGUGACUUUAAAGUAAAAAGGGAGGUGGAGGAAGAAGCUGAGGAUCAGGUUACAAUGUUUAUAGCAAUUGUGCUUUAACGCUUCCUUUUUCAAAAAUAGCAGAUAGAUGUUUUUUCUUUAGAUAAAUGAUUCAUGUUUUUCCUCCCCCAGGAGACCUCUGCUAUGGUUAUGAAUGACGAUCUAAUAACAGAAGGUAAUUUUGAUAUUGUUAGUACAUGCAAGUGGACUUUGAUGCUCAUCUUAGUUAGGCAAGAUCCAACAUUGUGUCAGCAGUUGCAAUGGAAUUCUUCUUCCUUAUCUCCCUCUGCAGCCCCUGUACCCCAAGUCUGCUCCAGAGGGUCCCUCAACCCUCAAGCAGAUUUCAGGGGUAUGCAGGGGUGUGUGGAGGAAGGGUAAGUCUCACUGUAAGUGGAAAUAACAAUUGGAUGUUGCCCCCCUCCCCCCGCUUUUUUUCAUUCUGCAAAAUGUACUGCUCUCCAAAGAAAAUAUCUGAAAUGUUGUUUUACAGCAGGGGUGGGAAACUCCCGUGAAUCAAAGUGGUCCUUUAGGCCAGGGGUUGGCAAACUACGGUUCAGGGACCAGAUGCGGCCUCCCCAGGCUCGUAAAUCCAGCCUGCAGACCCUGCCGCCCACCCAGUCAGUCCUCACACAUUGCAGACAUCUUGCUGUGCGGGGACUGACUUCAGCAACGCUGGCAUGGCUUCUGGGCGGGCGGCGACACGGGCGCUCUUCAGAUUGGCUGCAGGAAGUUCCUGCAGCCAAUCCGAAGCCUUGCCGCCUGCGCACUGAGGUAAACCCGGCGUGGUCAUGGACAGAGAGGCUGGCGCUGCUGCUGCUGGCGAGCUCGGCAGCUGCGCUGGAGGGCGAGCUGCAUGCCACCUACCCGGUGCUCCGCAUGCGUGGCCUGCCCAAGGACCUGGCCUUGGACGACGGGCCACAACGCAUGGUGCACACUGCCUGGGAGCUCUACAGAGACAGGCCGAUGGAGCAGCUGCUGCUUGUCAACAACGCCAGUGAGCGGCCAUUGCCGAGACGCGCUCCUGAGCGUGUGCAGAGUACGUUCCUCCUCUAGGUCCGGAGGCAGCUGCGGAACCGGCUUGCAGGGUAUUUAUAUUUUUCAAAAUACAGUCCGGCCCCCCACAAAGUCCGAGGGACAGUGGACCGGCCCCCUGAUGAAAAAGUUUGCUGACCCCUGCUUUAGGCCCUUGGCCUUGGGAAUUUCCGAGGCUGUGUACUAUCCUUGAGUGUUUUUUGCCUGGUUGCAAUGUGUCCUUGAACUACGGUGAUGUCUCUUGCUUAUCUGGCCACAGGAUGGAGAGAUGUGUGAUGAGCAUGGGAACCUCUGGCUUUUGCAAAGCUGGAAAGUAGUGUACUGUAGUGUCAUAUUUAUUACUCCAUCGCCAUUGUUUGCCUUUUGCCAUGCUAGCACUAUUUAGUCCCAGGAAGGUUAUCCUUGAGGGAAUGCAGCCCUCAGAUUGAAACAGAUUCCCCACUCCAGCGUGAUAAGCACAAUCCUUUGCAUUCAUGCUUUGAAAUAAGUUUAACAGAGCUUGUUCCAGGUAGGCUUGUAUAGCACUGCAGCCAAGCUUUGUUGGAAAUUUACUGAAUAUGAGCAUCAUAAAAAUAAGAUUGCAUGCAGUAUAGAAUUUUUCUCCAGCAAUGUAGCUACUGCAGGAUACAACAUAAUAUGCAAUGUCUCCUUCUUUAUAUACCGUAUUUUUCGCCCUAUAGGACACACCUUUUCCCCUCCAAAAAUGAAGGGGAAAUCUUGUGUGCGUCCUGUGGGGCGAAUGCAGGCUUUCGCUGAAGCUUGGAGAGCGAGAGGGGUCGGUGCGCACCGACCCCUCUCGCUCUCCAGGCUUCAGGAAGCUAUCAGCAAGCCUGGGGAGCCCGCGGGAGUUCCCUCAGGGCUCCCUAGGCUGCGGAUAGCAGCCUGCUGCCCGGAGCGCGGGGCGCGCUGAAGCCGCGGCUGGGGGGGGGGGAUAAUUUUUUUUAUUCCCCCCCCCAAAAAAACUAGGUGCGUCCUAUAGGGCGAAAAAUACGGUAACUUUGUUUAAAAGUAUUCUAGUGUACAUGUGGAAGCCCACUGCUAUUUUAAAGAUGAUCUCUGAAUUUUGUUCAGUGUCAAGAAAACCCUGUUUAUCCCUUUUAUGAAAUAACAUAACACAAAUUACACAAAAGUCAUUAACAACUAGAGAAUCUGAAAAUUAAACUCUUUAAAAAUCAUUUUAUGGAGCUUUUGAUAAGAAUGCAUUCUGUACUUUAAGCUGUUCUGUAAAAAAUGAACAGAAGAAAAUGGACAGAGAACACUAUUUUCCAAAGUCCCCCCCCCAUAUAGUAGCUGUUUUACUUGAUUCCUUGCUCACUGAUGUUUUGUUUGCUUAAACAGAUCCACAGCUCAACAUAGACGUUCACAGAAUGAACAGAGAAUUUAUGGUGAGAAGUGAAGAACUCUUUGACACACUUAUGAGCUGUCAUUGGCAACCUCUGGAUACAGUCACUUCUGAGAUCCCUACUGCUUUCUAA